ACAUUCUUCGGCAAACAUAAUCUAAGCGAAUUGUUCUCGUAAUAAGUAUAGAUUCAAAUUAUUUAAAAAGAACGUUAGUAUGGAAACAGAAACAAAGACAUUAUACAGGGAAACAACGUUUUAAUGUCUUGUGGAGAAGUAGUACCUAUUGAAGGAAUUUAAUUGCAUGGUUGUAUACGAUUGUUCGUUAAUACAUUAUAUUUCUGUAUCAUUAGGUACAAAGGCUGCAUAUUAAUAUUCAAAUCAUGGAAGGAGUAGCAUGCGUCUUCCUAAAGAAAGAUCUGUGUGUUGUGAUUUAUCACUCAGAGGGCCGAAACACGCGCAACAACGGACAACCCCAUAGGACCGGGGGGUGCUUCUCGUGUCUCGGGAGGAAGGUCAGGGUCUAGAACGUUACCUUGACUGUAACUGUCAUACACGAGCUGCUUCUUUUUACACCCAAACAAUCCUCCGUGUUGCACUUUUACUGGUAACACUGAAAUUAAAAGAAUUCGAUGCCUUCCAGGGACGAUAUUCGCUCCCUAUCCACUGAGCAACGCUGGAUCCCUCCUUCAACUGUUAGACGCGAUGCACUCACCCCAGAAAGCAGAAAUGAUCUCAUCUUUAGAAAGGUGCGGGGUAUUCUUAACAAGCUUACGCCAGAAAAGUUCACAAAGCUGAGCAACGACCUGCUCAACGUUGAGCUCAAUUCUGAUGUGAUUCUCAGAGGUGUCAUUUUCUUGAUCUUUGAAAAAGCUCUUGAUGAACCCAAGUACAGUUCUAUGUAUGCACAGCUGUGCAAACGGCUGUCCGACGAAGCUGCAAACUUUGAACCUCGAAAAGCUCUUAUUGAAAGUCAAAAUGGCCAAAGCACGUUCACAAUUCUCCUUCUUAACAAGUGCAAAGACGAAUUUGAAAAUCGAUCAAAGGCAAGCGAGGCAUUCGAAAAUCAAGAUGAUCUCGGCCCUGAGGAAGAAGAACGCCGACAGGUGGCUAAGCGCAAAAUGCUUGGCAACAUCAAAUUUAUUGGGGAACUGGGGAAGCUGGGAAUCGUAUCGGAACCGAUUUUACAUCGCUGCAUACAGCAAUUAUUGGAGAAGAAAAGGCGAGGGGGAUCCAGGGGGGACACUGCCGAGGAUAUCGAGUGCCUCUGUCAGAUCAUGCGUACCUGCGGCCGUAUCCUUGACUCGGAUAAAGGUCGCGGACUCAUGGAUCAAUAUUUCAGGCGUAUGAACUCAUUGGCAGAGAGCAGCGAUCUUCCUCUACGCAUCAAGUUUAUGCUGCGUGACGUUAUUGAGCUACGCCGUGAUGGCUGGGUACCACGCAAGGCUACUAGCACCGAAGGUCCAAUGCCCAUCAAUCAAAUCCGCGGUGAUUACGAUGAAUCUUUGAGGGGAAAUGGCUUCUAUAGACGAGAAGAUCGCCUCGGAGCUGAGUUUUUGAGAAAGAUGGGACGUAGCGGAUUAGACAUGGACAUGGUGGGAAGUAUUCCAUUGACUUCCCCUUCGUUUGGCAUGCCAUCUCCAUUCAGCCCAAAUGGAUUCUCAGGAACUUCCGGGGUUGGUUAUGGCCGCCACAACCAACGUAACCAGCCGGGUUACUAUCAGAACCAAAAUCGUCACCAAAACAACUAUCAAGGGAAACAUAAUCAACAACAACAUAACUCGCUGCAGAACUUCAACAACAAUAGCAAUAAAGAACAGUUACGCUUCAAUAAGAACAAGAUGUUGAUCGAACAUCCAGAAGAAGUGUCACUAAGACCAUCAGCUAAUUCUAUGAUGUUUAAACAAACGAAAAUCAAUCGCAAUCUACUUCUUAACAGUGAUCUGUUCUCAGGACGAGCAUCAGAAUUACCACUCUUACCUACUAGUACACUGAAACCCAGCUCGCCAUUAUUGCACAAGGAAUUGCCACCAGCGAUCGUGAUAAAACAAGGUCCCGUGGACAAACGAGAUAAAGCUAGAGACAGAAAGGAUAAAGGAACUUCGAGGGAGGAGAUAUUAAAAAAGGUUUAUGCCCUGAUGGACGACCUUGCCACGCAUACAAACACACAGGACGCAGUAACAGCUUUUCAAGAACUCAAGAUACCCGAACGAUUUUUACGCCAUGCAGUUUACACGUUGUAUUCGAAUACAUUAGAACGCGGGGAUUCGGAGCGUGAACUUGCAGCCAAGCUUGUAACAGAGUUGGUGAAAACAGAAGCAAUCACUGUACAGCACAUGCAUGAGGGGUGGAAAGAACUAGUAUCCAAUAUACCAGAAAAAGAGAGUACUGUGCCUUGUGUAGCAUCCCACGUUGCUUUCUUGACAGCAAGGGCUAUCGUGGAUAAUCUAAUUCAGUUAACCGAUCUCGUUGCUGUGACAGAAAAUGGCCAACACCAUCCAUUGUUUUUACUUGCUCUCCAGCAGUUACAUAAAAGUCAAGGCAAAGCAAGGCUCACGCAAAUCUUUAACGAAAGUAAAGUAAAUUUAAUUAGUCAGCUUCCUGAAGCUGACAAGACGAAAGAGAGAUUAGCGGAAAUUUUAGAGGACAGAGAAUUGACCUUCCUUUACCCGCUUCUUAAGAUCCAGGGAGACAUAUGGCGUCAAUUAGAAUAUGACCCAAAUCCCAAUACACUUUACAAAUGGAUCAAAGAAAAGUUAGAACCUUCGCAUCAUUCUGAUUCAGAGUUCAUUAACGCUUUGAUGAACGUUCUUCUCAAGCACAUUACACAGGAAACAAUACUGGCACCUGGCGUUGAUCCAUCUAACGUAGGCAAAGCAGUGGUAGAUAAGGAAAAGGCAUUACUGGAUAAAUAUGCACGCUUGAUGCGCUUACUCUUUGUCGAUAUAGAGUCUCAAGUGACAGCUCUUCAUGCGCUUCAAGCAUUUUGGUUCUCGCACAAUUUUCCAAAAGGGAUGCUGCUGCGAUGGUUCGACAAACUUUAUCGAUUAGAAGUGAUCGAAGAGGAUGCCUAUUUCAAGUGGAAAGAGUGCGUUACUGACUCUUAUCCGGGCAAAGGCAAGGCAUUAUUCGAGGUCAAUGGUUGGUUAACGUGGUUAGAUACCGCGUCUACGGAAGAAGAAAGCGACGAUCAUAAUGACGAUGACGAAAGCAACAAAAACUACAGAAUGCAAAAGCUCUGAGAAGGGUACACUCUUCAGGCUACUACCUAUAAUUUGGAAUAGGGUUUUACUAUCUAUAUUACUGAACCAGGCGGUUUCAGUUUACUAAUUGAGUUAUCUCCAUCCAAUGCCACAAACAUCUUGUUAGUCUGUGUCAAGCCCCUCGUGCAAACAGAGAGGACUUUAUAUCACGUCCAAAAAAAAGAAAAAGAAAAAUGGAUAGUUCGCAACCCCUCGAGUGGUUUGCAGCAGACAUUAUAAAGCAAGAAGUUUUAGAAUGUUUUUAGAUAAUUAAAUAUUGAUAUGAUUUUUAAUCAUAUUGGGUCAGCAGAUAUAUCAACAUAUACGCCGCUGUAUGAACAUCGGUGCAGAAACAAGCAAGAAAAAAAAAUUAGUCUGGUGAUUUGUGUUGUCAGUUUUUGUCUAGUAUUGUGCAUGUGUCACGUUUUGUAAGUCUUUUUGUCCGCGGCACCAGUGAGUCGCUUGUUAUCUCUGUGUACCAGCUUUUACAUUUAUUAUGAAGAAUUAUUAUCUAUUAUUAUUAAUUAUUAUUAUUAUUACUAUUAUAUAAUUGAUCACAACAAUCGAAUUGCAUCUUACCUUCCUAAUGAAAAGCAACAAAAAAAGAAAAAGAAAAAAAAAACGUAAAAAAAAAAAAGAAUCGAUCAGGAAACAGGACUGACUCGAUAGUAUAAGAUGUGAAGUGUGAUUACUGAAUUCUCUUUGAAGCUAGAAAUGAAUUUGUAGAUCUUGAAAUGAACGCAGAGGCAAAACUCUUACACCAAUCAACCAAAUACCAUUUUGCCCAUGUACCUACUUGCUGCUCCAUUAAUUCUAAUUAUUAUACUAAUCAGUUGCCGUUGAUUAACAACCAGCAGCCAGCAUCACAGUUCACUUAACGUACCGUAACGAAAGGAAUUUAGUGAAACGACUAAAAUCGUAAUUAAAAUAAACAUACCUUGGUGUAAUUUAUUACAAAUGGCCCCCUGGUUGUUCUGUCGAUGAUCAACCACCUUUACCUUCAUCUCCUGCCUGUAGCCUCCUAAUAGAAUUUUACGCAUUGACAUUGAUCUUCAUUAGUGCGUGAACCUUCAGACCGACACGAUGCCAUAAGUUCGCCUAAAAAAAAGUUAGUGCAAUAUCGCAGCUUUCGUGAUCGGUGGAGAAGCAGACAUUAUUUUUCUUUUUUUUUCUCAUUUAGAGACAAUUUCAUCAGUUUGUCGUGUACAUUUUCACUUCCAUAGGUUUCAAUUUAGUAUCUUGUUAAGCUUUGUACGUAUCACGUUUAUAUACACUGAACUAAAUGUAAGAAUUUGGAUACAUUUUUUCAUUGUUUGUGGAUAAUCUGCUUCGGUACGAUGUAUAUAUUAUUUCUAUUAUUAUGAUUAUAAUUAUUAUCGUCACAUCAUUUUCUAAUAUCCGUUGCCGGACUGAAGUGUUGAAUUAGACUGCAUCUUUUCAUCUAAUAGGUGGUUUGCAAUCAGAGCGUCGUCAGUCUAAUUAUUUAUGUCCAAUGAUCGUUAUUAGAUCUGUUUCUUUCUCGAAUAUGUGUUCACCUUAGAUACGCAUAAUUCAUAAAUGUAACAGUUAUAAAUUUCGUAGAAAACAAGAAGUGAAAAGAAUUUUCUCUUUUUUUUUUUUCAAGUUUAUCGAGUAAUAAGAAAUUGUUCCUGUUUCAGAUGGGUUUGCCAAGUUGAAUUAUGCGUAUUGAACGUGUAUUCAUAUCUUUGUUUUAUCUCGCUCUCGAAGGUAAUGACCUGAUAUCCCCGCUGCGAAAAAUUUAAUAUUAAUUUGAAAAUAAUAUUCUUUGUACGUGAAAUACAUUUAUAGUGACGUUAGUGUAAUAUUUAAUGGGUAUUUGUGGUAUAUUACGUGUUUUGGUCGUUGCCUUUUUAUUAUAUAUAAAAAAAAAAAAAAAAUGGAAAAACGAAAAACAAAAUACGUAAACGAUCAUUUAGCCACGGUAUUUAGCGAACGAAUACGUCGAUCGAUAUUCCAAUUUUUUCAUCCGCAAUGUCAUAUGCGAUAUUGUACUUCAACUUUGUUAAUUUAUUUUCUCACGUAUUAAUUAUAAAUUUAAUUGAAACGAAAAAAAAAAGAAAAGGAAAACGAAUACGAAUCAUGUAUAAUAUCGUCAGUAUUAUUUCUCACGUAACGGACUACAUUAUAAUCGUUUUUAAUUGAUCAUAGACAUUAAAACCGAUCAAAAUAUCUUUUAUCUUUAUCAAUAAAAAUUUGUUCCUAGGAUUAUCAUCUUUACAAUUUUGUCUCAUUAUUUUUCUCUCGCCAGUCGCCAUUCACCGUUUUCGGAAGCGACAAACGGAAUUUUACACAAAUUUGUAACUCCCGCCGAAUGUAUCUAACACGCUUAUAGCAAAAAUUAUAAAUUCUUUCGUUUAUCUUGCGUAACGUUAGUCGUAUCAUAGUGUUUUUAACAAUUCGCUGUCCCUGAAAAGUAUCAACACACUGCUCGAUCAUCUAACAUCAUUUCUUAAAGUACAGUCAUUGCCCUUUAUGACGCAAAUUCGUUAAAUGUACUACAAUGUUUAUAUGUUUCUGGUAGCGUAAGAAUUUCAAUUUAUCGAUGCUGAACUAACAUACAUUACAAGUUCAUAUCAUACUCAGGGUAAUUUAUUAAAAACUACCAUUUGAAAUAACUUAUCAUUGGUUUAAAAAAAAAAAAAAAAAAGAAAAAUAUGUGCAGAAUUUCUACGACGAAAGUUUUACUCGCUGACGAGUUUGCAAUGUUUAAAUCCGUGCUACGUAUUUCUUUAACGUGGUUUCGCAACCGAUAGAAACACAAUUCGAUGAUGUAUCCUACUGUCACCUUGAAGCGUGACGUCACCAUUGAGAACAGGAAAAAUUUAAUGACUUAAACAGUACUAUCUACUGUACAUACAACCAAUGUGACGAACGAUCUAUACAAUAGAUAUCGGAUUUUUAGAAUUUUUUUUCCACGUCCUCAAAGUUGAGUCACCUCAAGGUCACAUUUUGAUGUACGUCGUAUUUGCUGUUUUAUCAAUUACAAAACUAUGCUUAAAAAUACAUACUGCAAUGUAACAUUUUAAACAUCAAGCCAGUCGAAGACUUUCGAAAGUACAAGACGGUACGAAAAAUAGAGUUUCUCGGAGAGAACCGACGUCGUUUUGUAUAUUUUUGUUUGAAAAUCGCGCAGAUAUAAACUUAUUUCAGACGGUAGUUUCUCGUGAAUCACCGUGGCUGACUAAUCAUCGAUAUUCGGUGCUUUGUCGAUUUCAUUUCAUCGGAAAUAUUCGAUCGUUUACGACGUAAACCGAAAGACAUGUAUUUAAACGUCGAUUCAAAAUUAACAUUCCGAUUUUUAUGCAUACCGGUAAAACAUAAAAAAAAAAGAAAAAAAAACCCGCAACAGAUAUAACAGCGACGCUUUGUUAAAUCUGGCGCCGACGACUGACUUUAUGUAAUUUGAGUAAAUGUACGAGUGGAGAAAACAUGGUCAGAAAACACACAGUGCAUGUAGUGGUUAGAGAGCUUCGUUUAAUCUGGCUUAUUGGAAGAUUUACGAUCGAGGAAUUUCCAUUCGUCGAUGACGGAUCGAUCUGUUCGUAGAAUGUACCACUUUUAUUGUAAACAUGGCAGAAACAAUGUAACGUGAACGCGUAUCGUUUAAAUUCAAGAUAAAGCAAUAAUUUUAGCGACGAUUCGACAGUAGUUUCGAAUUCUGCUUGCGAUUUGAGUCGUCUUUUUAUGUACGAUAUCGAGAUGCAACCGAAAGACACGACCAAAUUCAAACUUUGUACGCAUACUUACCGAUAAUUCUCUUGCAAAAAGCAACCAUAAGACACGUCAACGUUGUGAAUUAUUUACGAUAAUCAGUUAACAGAGAACGAUUGUGGAAACUGUUUUUACGAUACUUACCUGUCCAUUCGCGACGAACAUCAAAGAAAAAAGAAAGGAAUGAACGCAAAAUUAAUUUUUCCGCGUCGAAUUGUCAGUAAGAUACAAAACGCUAUAUAAUAUCGCUAAAGUAUCAGUAAUUGAAUACUUUGCACCAAAUUCGUUUGUACUUCACGGUUCAAGGUACACGUUCAAUAGUCUCGAUAAAAUUAAAAAGAAAAGUAACAUGCAACGAUUCUCGGGACAAUCGAUGGUAGAUGAUAGGCCUUAAAAAUAAAAGAAAAAUAAUAAAAAGUUAAUUGUGUUAUGAAAAAUUGAGAUCGCAGAGACGAAUGUGUUUAGCAGACUAUUUACACGUAUUUGGCUCUAAUAAACAGUGUUUAUUUGGUAUACGUGUAGAGCCUUUUUUAAAAACACAACUGCGUACAUAUGAACAAAUUAUAAUUAACUAUUAUAAUUCUAAAUACGCGACGUAUUUCAGCGAUUUUCUCUCUCUCGCUCUCUCUCUCUCUUUCUCUCGCGCUCACAAUCUCUCUCUUUCUUCCUCUAUGAAUAUCUUAUCUUGCUAUAACACUUACAUUGAUAGAUGUAACACAUUAUCAACUGCCAUUAGUAUUUAUCUAAGUAAGCGAAAUACAUACUGCUGUCGUAUCGUAAAAACUUGCCUCGAGUACGUGAAACGUUAUUUUAGAUCUUACCUUCGUCGUUUCUUUUAUUUUUUGUUACCGAUCCCUUGCGACAAACUUUCACCGUAAACGUGAAAUA